AUGAUGACACACACCAUCUCCUUUGCCAAGGACUUCCUGGCCUGAGGCAUCACUGCUGCCAUCUCCAAGAUGGCCAUGGCCCCAAUUGAGUUGGUCAAGCUGCUGCUGCAGGUGCAACAUGCCAGCAAGCAGAUUGUGGCUGACAAGCAGUACAAGGGCAUGGUGGACUGCAUCGUGUGUAUCCCUAAGGAGCAGGGCAUGCUGUCGUUCUGGAGGGGCAACCUGGCCAACGUCAUCUGCUACUUUGCCACGCAAGCUCUCAACUUCGUCUUCAAGGACAAAUACAAGCAGGUCUUCCUGGGGGGCAUGGACAAGCACAUGCAGUUCUGGAUGUAUUUUGCUGGCAACCUGGCAUCUGGCGGUGUGGCUGGAGCCACCUCCGUCUGCUUCAUCUACCCCCUGGAUUUUGCCAGAAUGUGUCUGGCAGCCAAUGUGGGGAAAUCGGGCACCGAGUGGGAGUUCAAGGGCCUGGGGGACUGUCUGGUGAAGAUUACCAAGUCCGACAGCCUCCGGGGCUUGUACCAGGGCUUCAACCUGUCCGUGCUGGGUAUCAUCAUCUAUCGAGCCGCCUACUUUGGCGUGUACGACACGGCCAAAGACAUACCCCCUGACCCCAAGAACACCCACAUCGUGGUGAGCUGGAUGAUUGUCCAGGUGGUGAUGGCCAUGGCCGGUGUGGUGUCCUACCCAUUCGACAGUGUCAGGCGGCACAUGAUGAUGCAGUCAGGGUGCAAAGGAGCAGACAUGAUGUACCAGGGGACUGUGGACUGCUGGAAGAAGAUCUUCAAAGACAAGGGUGGCAAGGCCUUCAAGGGUGCCUGGUCCAACAUCCUCAGGGGCAACAGCAGCGUCUUUGUACUGGUUCUGUACCACGAGCUGAAGAAGGUCAUCAAGGCACAUCUACACACUGAGCCCUGGGACCAGGAGACUCACUAG